CAGCAGAAGCCGAUAUUAAAAAAAAAAUUCAACGUUUGGUUCUCUCCGCUUACACACUUCCUGAAAUAAUUCAAUAAAUAAUAAUAUAUUUAUAUAUAUGUUAGUAUAAAAUUACUAAAUAAAUUCAAAAUAUGACUUACUUUUUAGUGUAACGAUAAUAAAUUUAAUUAUAUGGCGGGAAAAUCAGAUUCUUCAGUUAUGGCCAAAGGACGAGUGAUAAAUAGGUCGGUUUCAAAAACCAGACCCAUUGACAUGACACUAAAUCUCGAGUGUUCAGAGGAGCCUCUGAGCGAGGCCCAGUUGACGAUGAGGACUAAAUUGAAAGAAAAUUAUGACCGAGUUGCUUCAACCCUUGACGAGAUGAUAAAAGAACACAGUGGCCAGCUGAUAACUCAAGUUGGUAACGUGAGUGCUUAUCAGUACAAACUACCAGGUCCAGGUAAUUCCCAAGCCAUUUUGAAAACCAAUCAGCUGAAUGUCGUCAAUCAAAACAAGUCUAUAAAACUAAAUGUCGUGGACAAUUCAAAUUCUGGCGCGACUACGACGGCAGCUACAACUCAGGGUAACAUGCAGCUGGUGGUUGAUCCGAGAAUGGGAGUGCUGCUGGGUACGGUCGUGUCGAGUCAGUCAUCGUCUAACUCUGCCGUCACCACGACACUCACUGCCGCGGCUGCGGGAACCGCGGGCACGACUUUGUCGAGUGCGUCGCAAAAAUCUCUCACGAGCACCAGCGAAAACAGUAAUAAUCUUAACAGGACGACCGUUGGAGCAGGAUCAGGUUCCACGACAAAUUCCACCACGUCGACGGCGCCGACGCAAAUGAGGAGAGCCAAAGUUAUCCCACUGCAGCAGCUGCAGGAAGAGCAGGAAACCCCAGCUCCUGUUUUAAGACUUCGUAACAAAGCGGCGACGACGGCAGCAACUCCGACGACGACAACGGCUACGCCUUCUCUGAAUUCUCAGGUAACUAAAUCCAAGAUGACGACAUCCAGCUCGAUAACGGUCGUAAGACCAACCGAGCAGACGAGCAUCGGUGGAAUCCGCGUCGGAAUUAAGAAUGCAGCCAGUGAUUCAAUUGAUGAGGCGAAGAAAAAUUUACCUGACGGUAAAGAAAUAGCCUUCAAUAAAAUAAACGGGACGAGAACAUUCCCGUCGUUGGUUGUCAUUGCGCGGCCCCAUCUCAGUACUAAAAAAAUAACGACGGCAACGGCGACCCAGGAGAGAAGUGAGUUGGACAUCACCGUCAAGAGUGUCCUAGUCUACACGCCCACGAAAUUCGCCGAGUGGUUGAUACAGAAAGGGCUGAUUCGCUCCGAACAGUUUUGCAACCGGCAUACAUCUGGAGUCGUCACAGUCUCGGGUAAUUCUAAUUGUAAAAAAUUAAAACUCGGCAUGUACAGUGACGCCGGAACGUUCCCGUACUCUGGUGGGUAUGUCUGGAUUGCCAACUGCUGCUCAAAUCGUUUCGUCUCAGUCUUCUCGGGGUCUAUAUUCCAAGGAGCGCCGCACCCGCCAUCGGUGUUACUUAAAUUAAUCUACCACUGGGCAUGUCAGACAAACGUCCAGAACGUCGUGUCCUGGGUCAAAGUAUCCAAUGUCUAUGUGAAGAAUUUUUACACCAACUUGAGAAGCGUUUGCACUGCCGCGAUAUGGGACAAGAGUUCGCUGAUGGGCGGCAAGAACAUAAACAUUCAGGUGGGCGUGAUAAGUCUGGGGACGACGUCCCAAGACGGGAAUAUGCGUCAAGUAAAAGUCGAAGUCCUCGGGAUCCUGGAUGCCGAAACCGGGCAACUGAGACUGAGAGCUUGCGACCCUAUUCAUGAUGCUGACCGUUCAUUUAAACGGAGGUUCAACAACAUUCUGCACCCACUUCAGGACUGGGUCCACAAAGAAUCGAAAAUCCUGACAGAUUUUACUGUCGACAAAUCAACUCUACAGGAAAUGGGUUUCUCUCAGGUCCACCAGACGUCAUUCAGUGACCAGAAUCCCCGCAACAUGCGCAGUAAUUAUCAAGUAAUGGAGUAUUUACGUAAAAUAGUACCUAGAAUGUUUCAGAAUACCCUGAGUCUGCUCAGCAGACAGAUGAUACAGCAGUUCCUUGAUGAACUUGUCUGGCGUGAAAUGUUCGGGAGCACCGCAGCCCGGGCCUUCAACAACAUCAUCCAACAUCUUGCUGAGCAAACGCGACUCUGCACCACGGAGUCGUUGCUAGACCGGCUGGCCAGGAUCUCAGCGAACCCGUUUACCGACUGGUCUUAUUCAAGCAACGUCGCACCUGUACAGAGUGUCGCGGCACCCUGUGACUCCUGCAAAGGAGGACUGACGAGCAAUCAUAAGAAAGAAAAUAAUAGUCGUGCCCAGCCGGUAGUCAAUGACUUGCCGGUUCAAUUGAAACCCGGACCCAAGCGAAAACGCAAAAGACAGCAGCCAGCUGCCGGUGCGUCGGACUUUGGGCCCGAAUCCAAAAGACCUAAUUUAGACUACAAAAUAAUUCAGUCAAAAGGAAUCGAGAGUUUGAAAAACGACCAGAUUCCACUGAGCGAAUUUUACUACGCGACUGUUGACGGGAACCCUCUGCUGGUUGCUAAGGAAGACAAGCAUGCGAUAAACUUUAAGUGCUUCUUGUGCAAUAGUAUACUGAAAUCAAAUACUCAAGUGAUGGAGCAUAUGAUAAAUCAUGUGCCCCCGCGGGCUCCUGGACAGUUUGUCACUUCAAAUGACACCUCCACUGACAAUGACAAUGAUGACAACAGCGUCAAUAAUAACAAAAAUCAAAGCAACCGCAACAAUUACUCCGUUUGUCGUUACUGCUGCGCAGCUUUCUCGUCAAAGCACCAAAUGACAACGCACAUUGACGAAGCCCACAGCGCAUUCGGUAAAAGCGACGACGGAGUUAUGGUCGUAUGUGGAAUUUGCGAGCAGAAAUUCGCCAACACUCAGCUUCUUAUCAAUCACAUGUCUUGCAUGCACUUGCCCUCGGAGAUGCCCUACCGGUGCGAGAGUUGCCGGUACCGCACGUCCAGCCACAAAGACAUCAUCGACCACUACUACGACGUCCACGACAUGGGCGAAUCACUGCAGUGUCCUUACUGCCUUAAGCUGAUGCGGCUGAAUGUCGACGGAAAGACCAACACUUGCAAUGUCUACGCCUACCUGGUCCACCUGCAGCGGCACGUGGUGAGACGGGAACAGGGACGAGGAAACAAGUGCAGCAGAUGCUGCUUGUGGUUCAACCAAAAGAGUCUGCUGAAGAGACACCAGCGGUCUCUGCACCAGUCUUACUACUGCCCCAAGGACUCGAGCAAUUUCCAUCCUUUCAAGCAUCCGCCUUCGGACUCGGACAAGAGCAACAUCAUCAUAAUUUCUAAAUCUCAGCACCAGUUGAAACGUAUUAUUGUACGCAGUCCUUCUCCGGAGCUCCCGGAGGACGACAACAUCAGGAAGUGGGCCACCGGCCCGAUAAAACUUAAUCUGUACAAUCAAGUCCCUGCGCGGGCGAUAGCGCCGAUGUCCUGCAAGGAAUGCGAGGAGGACAUUGAUGAGGAGGAACACUUCCCUGGGGAACAGAACUGCUUGCAGUGCCGCUAUGUCACCUGCUGCUGGCGGGCUUUCAAAGAACAUCAGCAGCAGAUUCACAACGAACGGCCUAUGACCAGUUUAAUUGUUCCGUCACCUCUCAUUGACAUUCCUCUUGAUAAAAAAAUGACUUGUUCUUGCGGCUAUGCGGCUAUCGACGGAAAUUUAUUAGCAACGCAUCUCGUUAAAUGUCGGAGAUCCUCACCACAGUCAACAGUAACCGCAGUACCAGAAACAGCCGAAGCUAAUAAAGAAUCUCCAGUGAUGCUGGACAGUCUGGGCCUCAUACCCAAGUCCGCUCCCUAAUUUAAAAAAAAAACUCCUAAAGGGAUUUGUCGAGUUGACAUUUAAUAAAUAGUGUCAAUAAAAAUAAAUUUGUGUAUCACUCAUAUUCACACGCACACUCCAUUCAGUGCUUACUUUUUUCAUAACAAAUAUUAAUAAUUACAUUUAAAUCGGAUUUAAUUAAUUUUUUGUGUAACUAUUGAUAAAUAACAAAAACAUUUUAAAACUA